UUAAAAGGGUUUAAAUUUGAUAAAUUUGGAAUACCUGGAACGGAAAUCGAAAAUUACAGCGUGCUCUGUUCCAUUUCCGGCGAUUAGGUCUUUUCGGCGAAGAGAAACGAAAGAAAUGAAGAAAAAGAGUCCCCCUGCUCUGUUGCGAUUGCUCUUUCUUUCUCUUUUUUUUUUUUGUUGAUGGAUGGAUGAAGCUUUUUUCUUCUUCUUUUUUGUAAUGACUGCGAAAUGUGGAGGAGAAACGGAGACGAGUGUCCCGGUUGAGCCGAGCACGGAGGGCGCCAGGCGCCGCCGGAUGGAAAUUCACAGGUUCAGAUACGUCGCAGCCGCGGAAAACGCGGCGGCUCGUCCGCCUGAAAAUGGACGGAAGAGGAAACAGGAUGAAGUUUCCCCCGGUUGCCUGACCGGAAGAUUCGAAGAAUCCACCGGAAAGGUUGUCGAGAAGGUGCCGGAGGUCGAAGUUUCCGGCAGUCCGGAAUCUGGUGUUACCACUGGAUUAGGAUCCGGGUUGAGCUCGGAUCAUGGCCCGAGGUUCGGCGUAACCUCUGUUUGUGGCAGGAGAAGGGAGAUGGAAGACACGGUGGGGAUCCACCCGUUUUUAUGCCGGAAUUCCCACAGAAGCUCCGGCGACUCUCAUUUCUUCGCCGUCUACGACGGCCACGGCUGCUCCCAUGUUGCCGUGAAAUGCAGGGACCGAAUGCACGAGAUCGUGAAGGAGGAGCUCGAGAGCGGGAGCAGAUCCACCUGGAAAGAUACCAUGUCCCUGAGCUUCUCCAAAAUGGACCAAGAGAUCACCGACAUGUCCAGCGGUCCCACCGCCGGAGCCCGCCCCUGCUGCCGCUGCGAGCUGAAGAGCCUCCACUGUGACGCCGGCUCCACCGCCGUCGUCGCCGUCGUAACUCCGGACAGCAUUGUAGUCUCCAACUGCGGCGAUUCACGUGCCGUGCUCUGCCGUAAAGGUGUCGCCGUCCCACUCUCCCACGACCACAAGCCGGAUCGACCCGACGAGCUAACACGGAUCCAAGACGCCGGCGGUUACGUCAUCAACUGGGACGUCCCUAGAGUCGGUGGAUUACUGGCCAUGUCUCGAGCAAUUGGAGACGAUUACUUCAAGCCUUACGUGAUACCGGAGCCGGAGGUGACGGUGACGGAGAGAACAGAGCACGACGAGUGCUUGAUACUGGCAAGCGACGGGCUAUGGGACGUGGUGUCGAGCGAGACGGCGUGCAACGUGGCCAGGAUGUGCUUGAAACACGGGAGACCACCGUCGUCUCCGGCGAGAUCGCCGGCCAGUGCAUCGGAGGCCUGUUACGGAUCCGACCUGUCGUGCUGGGACGCGUCGAUCCUGCUGACGAAGCUGGCUUUGGCGCGGCAUAGCUCCGAUAAUUUGAGCAUUGUGGUCGUGGAUCUGAGGCCAAGAGGCGUGUAAAAACUAAAAACAAAUGGGUUAUUUAAUAAAAAUUGGUGUAAUUAGGGCGAGAUUAUUAUUAAUAAUCAUGACUUUUAGUUUGGUAACAUGAGAUGAUGUGAGAUGCGAGAUGAGAAUUGAUACUCAAUACUCCCUCCGUCCCCAAUUUGAUUACAAUUUUUUUUUUCUCUCCUCUCGAUAACUUUUGUUUGUUUACGCGAUUUCAUCAAGUAUUUGAUAAAAUAAAAUAUUCUUGUUACC